CAGAUCUGUCCGAUCUGUCCAAUGCAUUACACCAAGGUACUCCGUUUAUUACUUUAUCAUGAAGGAAAUCUGGUAGCUUUUGCUGUUACUUGUUAUGGCGCAGCUUAGUCAAAAAUGAGUGAGCGCGAAUUUUGGCUCUGUGCGGGGGAAGCAAGGCGGGGGAAGAUAAUAAAAUAUCAAUAUUAUUUUUUAAGAUUAACUACUUACUCCUUUGUCGGAACAUAUUCGAGGUUAAUAAUUUGUGAGAUUGUUAGGUUCAUCUUCGAAAGUUAAGAAUCGCAAUUUUUUAUGGAGAUUGAAGAGCCGCGGAUGUCUGCCGGUACCAGUACCGGCCCCGGCCUGCUGCAGCUGGCAGAGACCGCCUACCUGUCCGAGGGCGGCGCCGAGCAGCGGACGGCUGCCGAGACGCAGCUGGAGUCCGCCUGCCGCGCGGCGCCGGCGCGCCUCCAGCUGCUCCAGGCCGGCCUGACGCACCAGCUGCGGCGCCAGCUGCUGACGCGGCACGCGCCCGCCUUCUGGCGCCGCCUGCUGGACGGCCAGCUGCCCGCCGCCGUGGACAGUCUGUACGAGCUGGUGACGGCGCGCGCCGCCGCCCUGACGCGCCUGCAGACCCUCUGCGAGCAGCUGCAGGUACCGCUGCUCUGCCGCCGUGACGGGGUGCCCGACCUGCCCGCGCUGCACCUGCACCUGCUCGAGAGCGCUCUAUUCAGCCAGCUGGCGCCCGGGUUCGCGGAUGCGGUGCGCGAGUUUUUCGAGCGCGCCAUGGCGGCGCUGCGGCCGGACCGGGAGGACGAGGACGGGGAGGAGGAGGAGGAGGACGGUGGGGAGGACCGAGAGGAGGACCCGGCGGCGGCCGCGCUCCUGGCGGAGUCGCGGCGCGUCUGCCGCCGGCUGAGCGAGCUGCGCCUGCUCGGCCCGCUGGCCGGCGGCGUGGUGGCCGACCUCAUCUGCCGACAGAUGGCAGCACGGGUCGACGCGGUGUGCCAGGCCGGGUUCACGCGCGGCGCCGUCGGUCGCCUGGACACCUGGUGUGAGGCACUGCUGGCUGACUGGCGCCGACUGCUCGGUGAUGCCGCUGAGUUGGAGGCGGUCCGACCGCGCGCUGUGGCCUUCAUGUACCAGAUGUUCGCACGGAGGAGGAUCGCUCAGCUAUUUGACAUCAUUGUCGAUUUUCCCGACUCGGGCCCGGCGCUGGAGGAUCUCCGUGUGUGUCUGCAGCGGAGUCGUCUCCGCUCGGAGCUGGUCACAUCACUGCGGAAGGCCGUGGCCACUCGGCUGCUCCACCCGGCAGCCAACACGGAGGACAUUCUGUCAGCGUACGUGUCGGCGGUGCGCGCGCUCCGUCUGCUGGAGCCCUCCGGCGUGCUGGUGGACCUGGUGGGCGAGCCGAUCCGGCAGUACCUGCGCGGCCGGGAGGACACGGUGCGCUGUAUCGUCGCGUCGCUGACGGAGGAGGGCGGCGGACCGCUGGCCGAAGAGCUGGUGCGCGGGGAGCCGGUCGCGCCGCCCGCCGACUCCGACAUGACCGACUGGCAGACGUGGACACCGUACCCGCGAGACGCGCCGCCCGCGCCCGACGCCGGCGCCAGCUCCCAGGCCGACAUCAUCUCCAUGCUGGUCAACAUCUAUGGCAGCAAGAACACGUUCGUCAAGGAGUACCGCAAGCUGCUCGCAGACCGCAUCCUGAAACAGGCCACCUACGAUCUAGACCGUGAACUGAAGUACUUGGAGCUGCUGAAGCGGAGGUUUGGUGACGCAGAGCUGCACGAGUGUGAUGUCAUGCUGAAGGACCUGUUCAACUCACACCGUAUCAACUGGCACAUUCACUCUGAGGAGAGCCGCCGGCUGAGGAGGCAGACGGAGCCGCCCCCCGCCGCCCCGGCCGCGCCCGACUCCUUCCCCGUGCACUCUCUGAUCCUGUCAGCUCAGUUCUGGCCUGACUUCCGCGAGGAGACGUUAGCUCUGCCCGAGUCCUACGAACGCUGCCUGGAGGAGUACACCCGUGAGUACCAGACGCUCAAGGGUAACCGCACGCUCUGCUGGAAGCGCCACCUAGGGACUGUGGAGCUCGAGGUGGAGCUCCCGGGUCGCACGCUGACACUGAGCGUCACACCGGUCCACGCUGUGAUCCUACACCACUUCCAGUCGCGCCCCGCCUGGACGGCGGCUGAGCUCGGUCAGGUGAUGAAAGUGCCCGUCUCGGCUCUCCGGCGAAAGGUGGCCUUCUGGUUAUCCCAGGGUAUCCUCACGGAGCCCUCCCCGGACCACUACCGACUGAACGAGGGAAGCGGCGCGGCGGCGGCGGCGGCGGCCAGCGGCGGAGAGCCGGCGGCGCUUCUGGAGGAUGACGCCGACUCGCCGAUGACGAGUACCGAGGAUCAGAAGGAGCGCGACCUGGAGGUGUUCUGGAACUACAUCGUCGGCAUGCUGACCAACCUGGCCUCGCUGCCGCUGGAGCGCAUCCAGGCGAUGCUGAGACUGUUUGCGAUGGAUGGCGCCGAGCAGUGCUCCACGCAGGAGCUGAGAGCGUUUCUGGACAAAAAGGUCAAACAGCACAAACUGCUGUUUAGCGGUGGACUGUACCGGCUACCUAAGCCAUGAGGUGGAGAUGGGGUGGCUGAUCAUAAAUGACCUGUGUGCUGCCUCAGUGAUGUGCCACUAUUGCUCUAUUUUGCCGUGUGCCACCUGACUUGGGACGGAGUUUGCGAGGUGAGCUCCUAUUGGUAAAUGUCUGGUCGAAUUACGCCAGCAGACUCCACCUGGCGCAUCUAAUAAUUGUGAUAGACUGGCGACGGCCGAUUGGGUGCUACUGUUUAUGUAUUUUACAAUGUACAUACGUUCGGUCUGAUGCCGAGUUCAGGUCAAUGUGCUUAGCUUGUGUAACAAACUGCUGCGAAUGUGUGUUAUGACGAUUGCCUUUAUUGAUUGGGUGACCUCAACAUAGUUAACUCACAUUGAAA